CCCAUGAGGCGGCCGGGGCCGCCUUCCCGAGGGCGGCAGAAGAUGGCGGCGGCCGCGGGCUGGGUGCUGCUGGCCCUGGCGCUGUGUCUGAGCGCGGCGGCCGCGACCGGCGGCUCCGAGGGGAAGCGGCCGCCCAAGAAGAAGGACAUUCGGGACUACAACGACGCGGACAUGGCCCGGCUGCUGGAGCAGUGGGAGAAAGAUGAUGACAUCGAAGAGGGAGAUCUCCCUGAACACAAGAGGCCUCCAGCACCAAUAGAUUUCUCAAAAAUAGAUCCAGGCAAGCCUGAAAGCAUCCUGAAGCUGACAAAGAAGGGGAAGACUUUGAUGAUGUUUGUCACAGUAUCGGGAAAUCCAACAGAAAAGGAGACAGAAGAAAUCACCAGCUUGUGGCAGGGCAGCCUCUUCAACGCAAACUACGACGUGCAAAGGUUUAUUGUUGGCUCCAAUCGGGCCAUCUUCAUGCUGCGGGAUGGUGGCUAUGCCUGGGAGAUCAAAGACUUCCUGAUCAAUCAGGAAAGGUGUGCAGAUGUUACUCUGGAAGGUCAGGUUUAUCCUGGCAAAGGAGCAGAUGGAAAUGAGAAAGUGAAAAACAAAACAAAACCUGAAAAAGCAAAGAAGAAAAAAGACACAGAGAAGAAAUCGAACGGCAUCAAAGAGGACAACCGAGCAACCAACCAGAGAGAGGAGCUAUGACAGCCUCGGUACCCAGACUGAAUCCUGCUCUGCUGCUCCCUGAAGGGAAUCUGCUGAUGAGUCCUGGGUUUUGGGGAGGAAGGAAGCAGAGACUACUGAAGCUCAAAUUUAUGUUGAAAUUCACCGGUUUACUCAUUGCUGUUGA